AUGGCCAUGGCCAGCCCUGCCUCGCACAAGCCCAGGCGCAAGGGCAAGACAAACGGCGUCGACCUCGACGUCCGCCCACGCGCCGAAGCUCCCUCCAAAGCGCCAUUGUUCCCGCUGGCCGGGUUUCUCUGGCCGCUACGCACAGCCUCUUCGCAAUGGACCGUUUUACCUCUUGUUCUCAUGGUCGCCGGACUGUUUCGCUGGGCAGCAGGACUCUGGGGCUACUCUGGCUUCGAGCGACCCCCAAUGUUUGGCGACUACGAGGCGCAACGACACUGGAUGGAAAUCACCACGCAUUUGCCCAUCUCCCAAUGGUACUUUCACGACCUCGAGUGGUGGGGGCUAGACUACCCGCCCCUGACGGCCUAUCACAGCUGGCUUCUCGGCAAGAUUGGCGCAUUGUUCGACCCGGCCUGGUUUGCGCUCUUCACAUCGCGCGGAUCCCAUGAUGCCAAUCUGAAAGUCUUCAUGCGCGCGACCGUCAUCGUAUCCGAGUACCUGACCUACAUCCCCGCCGUCGUCGUCUUUGUCCGCCGCUUCAGCAGACUGAGCGGCGUGCCGGCCUGGGCCAGCAAUGUCGCCCUCGUUGCCAUUUUGAUGCAGCCUGGAACUAUCCUCGUCGACCACAUUCACUUUCAGUACAAUACAGUCAUGCUGGGACUCGUGCUUGCCAGCAUGUCGAGCCUCCUCGCCGAGCGCUACAGAUGGGCCGCCGUCUUCUUUGUUGGCGCUCUAGGUUUCAAACAGAUGGCGCUUUACUACGCUUUCAGUGUCUUUGCCUACCUUCUCGGACGUUGCAUCAAGCCUAGUAUCAGCAUUGGCCGGCUUGUUGGAAUCGCCCUGGUAACGCUCAUCUCUUUUGCUGUCUUGGUGCUCCCCAUCGUCGCCGGUGCUCUCUAUGACGCCCGCCGGGGCAUCUCCUCGCGACCCGAGCUUGGAGGACCUCCGCCGCCGUUGCCGAUUUUUUCAUUCCUCUCGAAUCAUCUCGACACCGAAGCCUUUUAUUACCCCGUGGUGGAGCAACUCGUACAAUUAGUGCACCGUGUGUUUCCAUUUGCUCGUGGCCUCUUUGAGGACAAGGUUGCCAACUUUUGGUGCGCUGCCAACGUCGUCAUCAAGCUGAGAAAAUACCCCAGUGAUCUGCUGCAAAAGGCUUCCCUCGCUUUUACGCUGCUUGCCGUCAUCCCACCAAACCUGAUACUCUUCAUCAAGCCGCUGAAAGCUACUAUGCCGCUAGCCUUUGCCACCACAGCUUGGGGGUUCUUCCUCUUCAGCUACCAAGUUCACGAAAAGAGUGUUCUUCUUCCCUUGAUGCCCAUGACGAUGCUUCUAGCGGGCAAGCAAGGCCUCAAUGGUAGUGUGCGCUCCUGGGUCGGGUUCGCCAACAUUCUCGGCGCUUGGACCAUGUUCCCUCUGCUGCAACGUGUUGACCUGGCCGUUCCUUACGCAGUGCUUACCCUUCUUUGGGCAUAUCUGCUUGGUCUUCCCCCUGUUUCCUGGACCGCGCCGCUGCAAGACACUCACACCAAGCCUCUGGUGCAGUACGCAACGCUGGCUCUGCAUUCCGGCUUCUACGUGCUCAUGGCCGCUUGGCAUAUUGCGCAGGCGAUUUUGCCGCCACCGCCGAGCAAGCCCGAUCUGUGGAUCGUGGCUAAUGUUGGCAUCGGCGCCGCUGGCUUCAUGAUCUGCUAUGUUUGGUGCUUCUGGAGACUCAUUGUUGAGAGCGACUUACUACCGAAUGCUUCCAAGACGAGCAAAGCCAAAAAGAUACAAUGA